UUUUCACAAUGACGACAAAAUACUAUUAAAUACACAAUCACAGCACACAUAUUUACAUGAUAAAAUCGUAAUAUAUGGUACUUUAUUUAUAUUUUAAUUUUAAUACACUUUGAUAGAAUUUGUAAAAAAAUGCUGUGCAAAAGACUAAUUCCUUUAAAGUUCAAUGCUUUGAGAGCAUGUUCCAAAUUGUCAACACAAGUAGAGGCUCAAGAAAGUGUAAAAGUUGAUGAUGUUCCAACAAAUACCCCUGCCAUCGACGUGUUAUCCCACCCCGACUACUUCAAAGUCCACAACCUCUUCACCGUAAAAGACUUGUUCAACGCGCGAGUCCACUACGGGCACAAAGAAGGCUCCCUAAACGACCACAUGCGCCCCUACAUCUACGGCUCCCGUCUCGGCCACCUAAUUUUCGACUUAGACCAAACAGCCGAACACUUAAGAGCAGCCCUAAACUUCACCGCCCACAUAGCCUACAGGGGAGGAAUCAUCGUGUUCUUUAACAGAAAUCCACAGAACGCUCAUUUGGUCGAAAAAACAGCCAAGGAAUGCGGAGAGUACUCCCACACCAGAUGGUGGCAAGGCGGAGUGUUUACAAAUGCAGAAGCACAAUUCGGAUCCACGACCAGAUUGCCUGAUUUGUGUAUUUUCUUGAACACUUUAAAUAAUGUUUUAUUACAACAUACGGCCGUGAGGGAUUCGGCUAAGAUGUGUAUUCCGACUGUGGGUAUUGUGGAUACGAAUUGUAAUCCGACGAUGAUCACUUAUCCUGUUCCUGGUAAUGAUGAUACUCCUGUCACGGUUGAGUUUUAUUGUAAACUGUUCAAGGCUGCUAUUUUGCGGGGGAAGGAGGCCAGAGAGAAGAUGCUGAAAGAAGCUGAACGAAGCGAUAAUAAUAAUAAAAAUGUAUAGAUGUAUUUAUGUUAUAUAAUAGGCAGUUAAUAAAUGUUAAUAAUUAAAAGAACAAA